AUGAAGGGACUCCUCGUCUCUCUGUUGCUCACCGGCCUCUGCCAGGCCGUCAAUGUCUACCUCCAUCCUGAACCGAAUGUUCACUCCCAUCUCUCGUUGAAGCAAGCUGGCGUUGUUCUCUCUACACACUUGAACCUCGAACGCUUUGAGGACGCGACCGCAUACCCCGGAGAACAGGAGUUGCUGGUUGGAGGGGGAUCUACCACAGGUCUUCUCCUAACCGUGAGCAAGGAACACGCAAAAGCAGAUGUGAUUCCCGCGUCUCUGAAGCCUACUUUCCACCUCAACUCUCAUCCUUCGCCGGAGUCCGUCUCUUCCCUCAUCCCAACAUACAUUGACCGCGCACAUCACGUUUACUCGUAUGUCUACGAGGCACAAGAGCACGCGUUCGACAAGCCCAAGCGGAUGCUCGAUGCGUUCUCCGUCCCCGCCUCAGGCGCCAUGAACGCAGUCGGAGAGCUCGAAGCGUUCAUGGACUUCUUGGACAACAAGGAGCUCCCUGCAGACCGUUUUGGCGCGUUUGACCUCUCCCGUCUUGAGGACCUCCGGGAAACCUUCGGGAAGGACAGCGACCAAUACCGCACCGCCAUCCAGAGUGUCUCCACAAUCCUGGCGCACAUCCUUGAGAGGCCAGACAUCCACCUCGCGCUCGUCACCGUACCGACAAAGGCCACCGCGCACGAAAAGCGGCAGCCACCACAAUCCCCCUUCCCGCCUCCCCUGCCGCGCCCCGCCGAGCCCAUCGACUCUAUCUCUACGUGCCACAACAGUGCGGAGCUGUGCUCAAAUGUGACUAGCUCGUGCAGCGGACACGGCGAGUGCGUGCAGGCGACCAAGGCCGGCAAGACGUGCUUCGUGUGUGCGUGCGGCGCCACGACGGAUACGAAGGGGCGGAAGGAGAACUGGGCCGGGAGCGCUUGUGAACGCAAGGAUGUCAGCGGGCCGUUCGUUCUCCUUGCCGGAACCACUAUCACCCUCUUGCUCCUUGUUGGUGGUUCUAUUGCUCUCCUUACCGCGGUCGGUGACCAGAAGUUGCCGAGUACGCUGACUGGUGGCGUGGCGAGCAACUCUCACUGA